UUGACGUGAUGCCGGUUGGGCUUUGUAUGACACCUACACGGCCCUGCGGGUGUAGUUUUACAUCGUGGUCGCUUUUGUUCUGCAUUGGGGUAAUAGAGCGGAUUCGGCAACACCAGGGGUGACCAAGCAGCCCUAUUCAGGGAGGCACUGCCGUCCUCGCUCAGCCGGAGAGGGAGCUAGAAAAGAAUUGAGUGAAGAAUGGGCAUUAGCUGAUUGCGAAGGCGAGGGCUGGUGGCGCGAAGUCCGAGAUCCGAACAGCAAGAUGGACGUCCGCUACGCCGGCUCGGCCCCGGUCGAGCGAGCCGCUUCAGCCCCCGCCACCGCUAUUGGUGUACGCACCGCCUUACAGUCUGCCAAAACCCUGAAGAAGAAACCUCAAAAAGUUAACGUCGACAUCAACAUAAAAGGAAUCAUUGUGACUGAUGCUGAAACAGAGAAUAACGUAUUAGCGGUUUCCAUUUACAGCAUCUCAUACUGUUCGGCUGACGUGGCGAAUUCUCGAGUUUUCGCUGUUGUAGAGGGAGCGAAGGGAAAUGAUGAGAACGAUUCACAUAUCGUCCAUGUGUUCGUUUGCUCUCAAAGGAAACAAGCACGCGCUCUCGCUCUGUCCCUGGCACACGCUUUCAAUGACGCGUAUCAGUUAUGGCAAGCUAAUCAGGCUGGCUCUAUGAAUUCAAACGCGAAACGGACAGCACCUUGGGUCCGAUUCCAGGAAGAAUCAGACGAAGAGAUUGACGAAGAAGAUUGGCGGUCACCGGCUCCGCUUGUCACUUUCGCCUGAGUUUCCUAAUGAUUUCCCAAUGC